GUGAUUUUGAACUAGAUUAAAAUGUUAUGAUUUCUUUAUCAUUGUGUUGCUUGCUCAAAGCAAAUUAUAAUCAGCAACUCUGCUUAUUUGCUGUGCAGGCAUAGCCUGUACACUUGCAAAGUGUCUGAAGAUGUCUUUAUACAGUAUGAGUAUAGUGCUUACUUUAUUAAUAAGUUUCCAAUGGCAUAUGGCAAGUGGUGGUGUCGGUAUGUUGUACCCCCGAGAUAGCGAAAGCAGGGAAACUAAAUUUUUAGACGGUAUUUGGCGAUUCAGAGCGGACUUUUCACCUUCUCGCAAUGAUGGAUUUACUCAAGAAUGGUGGAAGAAGCCGUUAAAAGAGGUUAUCUAUUUAAAAGUUUUCACUUCUUUUUUUAUGCCUGCAAAAAUCAAGAGCUUUUAUUUUCUUUGCCUGUUUAGGGCCUAUGCCCUAUUAUUAUAUUAUAAUAUAAUUUAUACAAAUGCUAAUUACUAAUACUAAUACCUACUAAAUAUAGACUAUACUAUACUAUACUGAUUACAUAAUUUACCUAUCCCAUUUAUUAUCAAUUUAAAAGUAAUAAAAGAAAUCUAGCUGAUAAAAUAAUUUUGUAAAGUAUUAAAAUAGUAUUCUUGCAUCUUUCCAUCUAUAAGUAAUGAUGGUGCAAAAAUACAAAGUACAAAGACCUAUGACCUAGGCCUAGACAAUAAAAUAUUUAUUAAUCAUUAAUCCUAAUUAGUUUAUUCAUUGGAUAGGGGACAUUUCCAAGCAAUUAUUUUAGAUUAGAAUUAAGUUAAUUAACACAGAAUAUGGAUGGCUACUCAUGUUACAUUAUGAGUUAUCUCUUUUAUUAAUACCUAACCCCAUUCAUAUUUUUUCAUUAAGGCAUCUUUGCUAUUUCUCAUUAAGACUUUAUGUUCCAGUUGGCUGAUUAAUGCUGUUGUGAGUCUGUCUAUUAAUGUGUUGAUUCUUCAGACAGGACCUGUUAUUGAUAUGCCAGUACCAGCAAGCUACAAUGAUGUCACUGAAGAUAAAGCUCUGAGAGACUUUGUCGGCUGGGUAUGGUAUGAAAGGAGUUUCUUCAUUUCCUCUGACUGGACCAACAACAGAAGGGUUGUUUUGAGGUUUGACAGUGCUCAUUACUACUCCUUUGUUGUAAGUUGCACAAAAAAAAUUUGAACACUUAGUAAUUAAAAUAGAUUGUUGAACUCAAAAUGUCAUGAUUAUUUGAAGGGUCGUAUUUUUCAUAUAAUUUAUUGUAGACUUAAUUUAUAAGAAAUGGUGCGAAUGAUUGCUUUAAAUAGAAUGACAUGAACUGAUAACCUUGAAUAUUUGAGUGCUUUGAUAGAGACCGAUAAUAAAAGGAUUUAAUGAAAUGACAGAUUUUAUGAAAAUUUCGUAUUUUGCCAAGUUAUUUCAGAAACCAUUAAAUUAUCUAACAAAUUUUUUUAUUUUUUUUGGUUAAAGAUUUGGUUGUGUGCCGAUAAUUUUGCAUGACCUUGUUGUCGUUUGUUAUUUCCACUCUAUAAGGCCCAGAUCUAUUAUCAUAAAUAAUGACCUUCAAAGUGAUUAGUUUUUACUUGUAUCUUUGAAGACCAAAGUUUUAGACUCGUCAAGUGCCCUUAUGAAGAUCAGAUAUUAGACAUGAUCUCUGUCCUUGAAGUGAUAACAUUUUUUAGGUCAAUAUUGAAAUUAAUUAAAGUUGUAUCAAAAGUCACCCUGGGGAACUCUUAAUGGUUAACACUUUAAAGCAGGCCUGCACAAUAUACGGCCGUGGGCCGCAUAGCACCCAAUUUGUGGCCCGCGAAGACUUUGGUGAAAAAAUCAUAAUAUCAUAAAUUAAUAUUAAUAUUCCCUAAGUUAUUGAUGUAUAAUACUACGAUAGAUAUAUAUACAGUAUAAUACUAUAAAUAAUCAAAUACAAUUUUUUUUUCCUGACACCUAUACUUGAAAGGAAUGUUUUGUUUUAUUUAAAUCCAAUUAAAUUAGACCUCCCAAUUGUUUAUAUUUGUGUAAAUAUUUUACUACAUGUUAGCUUUCCUGGUGAAGAAAUGUAAUCAUACACACACGUUUUUCCCUAGCAAUUACUCUUUGUCUCGGUAGCGUAAGUGUGUUCAAAACUAGUGUCUUCUAUGGAGAGUAGCAUUUUAUUAGUUUUGUAAUAUUGUCUAGAAUUGUGUUGUGUUGAACUCACGUAUCGCGUUAUUUUGAUAAUCUGUGAAUUUAGUUCGGAACUAUACUUAUAGACUUGUUCUUGAUAUAUUUAAGCACCAUGAAUCAAAACAGAAAGAGAAAACUAGGGAUGAAGCACAUAGUUUUUAUCCUGAAUGGGCAAGUAAAUACUUAUUUACAGUGUUCAAGGAAAAAAAUACUGUGCCUCGUAUGUCCUGACAUGGUUGCUGCACCGAAAGAGUGUUUUCUUCGCCGGCAUUUUGAAUCUAAGCGCCCUAAUUUGUCAAAAUGGUACCGACAUGAAAAAUCCACUAAAGCCGUGAAUCUAUCGACAACUCUUACUGGAGAGCAGACAUUUUUCAAGAAAAAGAAGAGUGACAAUGAGACUGCUACCAAGUUUAGCUUUUAUAUUUGAAUGGAAAUUGCUACUGCUGGGAAAUCCUUUACUGAAGGCAAAUUUGUAAAGAGGUGCAUGCUGAUUGCCACGUCUGAAUCAUGUCCGGAAAAAAACAUUAUUUCAAAAUGCCAGUUUAUGGCGAAUGACACUGCAAAGAAAAAAAAACUGUAUUUGCACCAAUAUUCAAGGACAGUUAAAGCAUAAAACUUGUAAAUAUUCUUUUUUAUUUUCUAGCUAUGGGAGAAAGCACAGUUUUAAAAGACACUGCCCGACUUCUCAUUUUCAUUAGAGGUGUCGACAAAAACUGUGAAAUUACCGAAGCACUUGCAGGAAUGUGUUCCAUGUAAGGUCGCACAACCAGAAAAGAUAUCCUCAAUGAAGUCAUAAAGUGCUUGAAAGAUAAGUUGGGAUUAGAUUUUAUAAAAUUAGUGGCCAUUUGUACCGAUUGUGCCCGGAAUAUGACAGAGCAGUUGCGAUUCUUGAAAAUUUUAUUGGAAGGCAAAUAAAAAAAAUAUCAUUGCACUAUAAACGCGCAGGCCUUGUGUAGCCAAGUGUUACAUUUAGAACAUGUUACGUCAGUUGUUGUCAAAAGAGUUAACCAUAUAAGAUCAAGAGGACUUAAACAUAGGGCUUUUCAUACUUUUCUAGAAGAUAUAGACGCUGACUACAGAGACGUAAUAUACCAAGCAGAAGUGAGAUGGUUAAGCCGAGGGAAAGUGCUUCAACGAUUCGUUGCUUUAAAUAAGGAAAUAUCUAAAUUCCUAGAAGACAAAGCAAAGGAAUUCCCAGAGUUUGAAGAUGACUCCUGGAAUCAUGACCUCUUCUUCAUUUGUGAUGUAAAAGAGAAACAUCUAAAUGACCUUAACGUUCAACUUUAAGGUAGGCAACAACUUGUAUUUGGUAUCUUUGGAGCAUUCAACGUAUUUAAACUGAAUAUGAAACUUUUCAAAACCCAGUUACUAAAUAGUGAAAGGAGUCACUUCUAAAAAGCAUUUUCCUCAGGACAAGCACGUCAAGUUAGGAAAACAACUUGCUAAUGAAAUUAACCUUUUGAUAGAAGAAUUUGAUAAAAGACUCACUCUUUCUAAAGAAGAAUGACUUCAAUUUGAACUAAUUUGAUCCAUAAACAUACCAGUUUAUUUGCACCUGGAGCUUAUCGAACUACAAUGUACGGAAAUUUACCGAAGCAAGCACAGAAAGAGCAGCCUGCAGGAGUUUUGUCAAAAUCUGAGAAGUACCCAAAUCUUUACGAAGGUGCACUAACAACUUGUAGUGUGUUUGGAACCACUUAUCUUGUGUGAUGAUCAUUUAUUUGGAACCCAUCUUAAAAACAGACACUUCCAAUAUACCUCCUGAAUAUGACAAACUUGUAACCAAAAUACGAUGCAAUAUUUCACAUUAAAUCUACCUCGUAAGUAAAGAAAUAUUCAUUAUAGUUAUUUUUUUCUUAUUAGCUCCCCCUCCCCCUCUUUGCCGUUCUAUUUUGUUUUGGCCAGCACAAUUUUUUCAUGAAGUAUUAUGGCCCGCCUCACAUUUUGAGUUGUGCAGGCCUGCUUUAAAGGACAGAAAUACUGUCAAUUAAAAUAGAAUGAAUAUACCAUUGGAAUUUUAUGUUUCUCUCAAAUAUUAAAAUUUAGUAAUUUAAUAUGUCUUUUAAGCUAUGAUAACCUGCUACUCUAAGCAAAGAUAUGUGCACUUAGUAGAUCAAAGGGCCCAGACCAACAUAAUGAAUAUGCAGAAUUAUUUUAUUACACUGGUAUUUACUUUACUUACACCUCUUAGUCCUUUUGGAGCAUGGGCCGUAUACUUUUCCAUUCAUCUCGGACCUGUUCUUGCCUUUUCAGUUGCUUCCAGGUGUGUCCCAUACUUAGUGUGUCUGCCUCUAGCUCACAUCUCCAUGAUUCUUAGGCCUUCCUUUCAUUAUUUUUCCCUUUGGAUUCCAUGUUAGGGGUUGUUUGGUGAUAUUAUCUGGGGGGUUUACGGAGAGUGUGCCCUAUCCACCUUCCAUCUUUUCUUUAUGACGUCUCAGCAAUAGGCUCCUGGUUUGUCCUAAAUGGUUCUAACAUUCCAUGAAUGUAUGUUUAUUGCCUUUAAAGAGGAGGGUCCUCGGCUUUGAGUCUUCCAGUAUAACCUGGCUUUGUCUGCAAGGCUUCUAACUCUUCUUGGGAAGAAAAGCCUUAAUCUUAUCAUGACUGAAAUUUUUUUUAUUUAUUUUUCUUCCUGUUGAUGUUUCUGUUGCAUAUUUUAUAUUUAUCAUAUUUUAUAGAUGAAGUAGCUGGCCUCAUGCCAAUCCUCCUCGUUUUGCACCCGGGCUUAGUACUGUCCAUGGCAGAGUUACUGUUUAUGCUCUUGACUUGUAAUUUUAACUGAAAACUAAAUCAAAAGCUAUUUCAAAAGAAAUUAUAUAUAGGUUGAAAUAUGUGCAUGACAGAGUCAAUGUCAGAGUGAAUGUCAGAGUGAAUGUCGUGAUUGUGUCCAAGGGUUGGGAUACUAUUAUAUUGUAUAGCAUUUUAUAAUUGUAAUAAUCCUAACAAUUACCGAAUAAUUGAUUUUUUUUCUUCCACAGUGGAUCAAUGGCGUACAACUCAUGACACACAGUGGUGGCCAUCUACCAUUUGAAGGAGAAGUCCAAUCACUGCUUAAUUUUAAUGGACCAAACUAUGUCACAGUUGCUAUCAACAAUACCCUUUCUCCUACAACAUUGCCCCCUGGGACAAUUCAAUAUCAGACUGAUACCUCAAGGUAUGUUGUUUUUAAAUGGUAAGAACAAGGUAUGUGAAAGCCUUGAAUAAUGACAAAAGACAAUCAAAAUGAUCUAUCUGCUUAAAGCUUUCACCAGAAUCGCAAUAAAAACACAACCCAAAAAAAAACCUAUAAAAUCAGACCUGACAUUUUAGGUCAUAUGAUCAAAUAAGUUAAAGUUGAAUUUAGAGUUUAAAAUUCAUCUUUGUUUGUAUGAGCAUAAAAUAUGUAAACAUGAAUUAAGAACGCUUAAAAUCUGCAAUGGUCCAAUUAAUAUUUUUAAAAGGAGCAAAAUGGAUUUUUAAAAGUUCAGCAUGUAAAUACUUGUCUUUUACAGAUAUCCAGCUGGUUAUUUUGUCCAAAACUUACAAAUGGAUUUCUUCAACUAUGCCGGUAUUCAUCGCCAUGUGCGCCUGUACACAACCCCACUUAUCUAUGUGGAUGAUAUUACAAUUCUUACAGACGUGCAGAGUGAUAAAGGUAAAAAUCAAAUUAAAUUGCUUUUAUUUCCUGUGAUAAAUUUGUUCCAGGCGAAAAGCAAUCUAAAAAUAAAACACCAGGUAAAAUCUUUUCAAAUUGGGCCUUUAACCGCAAGAUGGCGCCCUAAGCACCACCCCCCCCCCCAAAAAAAAAACACCCGGUAAAAACUUUUUAAAUUGGGCCUUUAACCCCCCCCCCCCCCCCAAACACUUAGGACGCAAAUAAAAAAUAAAUCAUGAAGACAGAUAUUUAGCUGGCUAUCACAGUACUAGUACAAUGUAGUAUUUUUUUAAAUCUACUGCUAGAGAAAUGAAUGAUCAUUUUAUUCUUGACUCUGUUGCCAGGUCAUGUGACCUACACCAUUGAUGUGGGUGGAGGAGUGCCCAAGUACAUGGAUGUUUCGGUUCUGGAUGUGAACGGUCAAGUUGUUGCAAAGAGCUCUAAGACAAUGGAUAUACUGACGAUCCCCUCCCCCACAUUGUGGUGGCCAUUUGGAAUGAACCAGACGAUAGGAUACCUGUAUACUCUUCAGGUACUUUAGCAUUAUUGACCUUUUGCUGUUGUAGGGAUUAUAUUGUUUACUGAGUCUUAGCCAUCCAUCCCUGUGGCGCUACAGCUUAUGUAGGGCUUUGUCCUGCCUCACCACUUCCUUUCACUCAGAUCUAACUGAUGCUUUUCAAUGCUUCAAUUCCCAGCUGCUGUAGAUCUUUUUUUCACAUCAUCCAUCCAUCUAAGCAUGGGUCUGCAUUUGAGCUGUUUUCCUCUGGUCUGUUGGUGGUGCACCCUCUUCAGUCCUCUGUCAUUUGGUAUUCUUUCUAAGUGUCCCUGCCCUUUUUUAUUUCUGCUACUACAGUGAGAUCCUGAUAUUUUUUUAUUUGCUCUUUGAAUGCUCAUGGUGAGACUUUCAUGAUUAAUCAUCCUUGCUGUUCAUCUUUGUUAUCCAAAAUGAUUAUGGCUUGUUAUGAAAAAUAUGUUGAUAGUUAAGUAUGGUUGUCAUAGUUUGAGUAACCUUUUAGAUCCAGAGUUAUCCCCCAUGUUCACUGAAUACAUGUCGUACAUUAGAUGACAUCUAAAACAUUUGUUAUACAGAAAUACCCUGUUUGUUGCUAGUUAUUUAUUUAUGCAUAAAUAUUUGUAACUUUAAAUAAAUUGUACUAUGUAUGUAUCUUUUCAGAUAGUCUACUUUUUCUUUCUUUCUUUCUUUCUUUGAAUUUAUCAUACACCAAGAACAAUUAAAGUUAAAGCUAUCGUUCUCAAUACCUUUUUUCCUUAGAUCUGUAAACUGAAUUUAAAACUGUAUUGCCACCAACCAACCGGCCCCUUGGCACGUGGCUACACAUAGGAUGUAUAAAAAAUGUAAUGCCUAUAAUAUGUAACUUGUCGAUGACAUCACAAAUUUUGUUGUUUUUGUUGACUCUAUAAAAGGUGAAUGCCUCCGGUGAUGUUUAUCGACAACCAUUUGGGAUUCGAACCAUCAGAGUGACAGAGAACCAGUUCUUGAUCAAUGAAAGGCCAUUUUAUUGUCAUGGAGUUGCCAAGCAUGAAGAUUCUGAUGUGAGUAAUAUAAGCUGCAAUUUACCACAAUUGAUUAGUCAAGAAAUUACUUUGAUGUACACAAUGAUAGGUACAAAGAUAGCCAAAUAUGUUUUUUUUUAAAUUUCCAAAGGUACUUAAUCAUCUAAGAACUGUAUCACUUUUCUCCCCAUUUUUUCAUCUUUAGCAAAGGUUUGAUUGUGUGAAUCAAUUUUUAAAAGAAAUUUUAACAUUACCUAGAAGAUUGAAAUUAAUCAUGUGGAACAUUUUCAUCCUUUCAACUUUGACCUAUUUUAUGAAUGUUAUAAAAUUUGAAAGUAACAUUAUAAAAUGUCUAUAAAUAGACAAGAAAAAUAUAAGAUACUCACAUCCAUAAGAUUAGUGAAUGUAUUUGUGCAACCGUGGCAAGUUGAUGUACUCCCUAGUUGGUUAUAAACCAAUAUGUGGUGAUAAUUACGCACAAGUUGAAAAGUCAUGGCUUACAUUACCAUUUUAAUUUAAUUUUGUAACAAUUCUUUUUAUCCACACAAAAGACAAAUUAUGAUAAAAAAAAUGACAAAUGCAUGACCUAGACAAUAUUUUUAAAAGUAUACUAAAAUUCCUUAACUUUAAUUUUGAUACUUUUUUUACUCUGAAAAAAUAUUUAUGGCAUCAAGUAUUAAAGAUUAAAUUUUGCUCAUCCGUGUUACCUGGCCAAAGAUAUUUGAGAAUCAAAUGGACUUAACCCCCAUCCCCCCUUUUCUUUAAAAAAAUAAUUUGUAUUUUUUUAGUCUUAGAUAGUAAAUGUUAGAUUUUUCCUUUGAUUUCCACAGUGUUAUAAAGUGAUUUUCACACCAGAAUGUAAUAUUACAAAUGUGUACUUUAUUUUGACAUUAUAGAAUGUACAUAUUUGAAAAUAAUUUGACUAACUUUUUUUCCUCUGUGUCUGCUCUGUGUGUAACAUUUUUGGCAUUUCAACUUUUUCUUUUAAAUAUGUAUAUCAACAAAGAGUUACAUAGCAAUUUCAUUUAAUAGUUACGUGGCAAGGGUCUGGACUACACUUUAAUAACCAAAGAUUUUAACUUGCUGAGAUGGCUGGGCGUGAACUGUAUAAGAACUUCUCAUUACCCAUACGCUGAGGAGAUUAUGGAACUAGCUGAUAGGCAGGGAGUGGCUGUCAUAGAUGAAUGUCCAGGAGUUGGCAUAAAAAAUGAGUAGGUCUAUAUUUGAAAAAAAAAUUGUUAUGGUUUUCUAUGAUAAUUUUAAUUUGAUGUUAGUAUUUUGUUUUGUAGUUGCGUGGCAAAGGUCUGGACUACACUUUAAUAACCAAAGAUUUUAACUUGCUGAGAUGGCUGGGUGUGAACUGUAUACGAACUUCUCAUUAUCCGUAUGCAGAAGAAAUUAUGGAACUUGCUGAUAGACAGGGAGUGGCUGUUAUUGAUGAAAGCCCAGGAGUGGGUAUUACAAAUGAGUAGGUUUGAUUCAAUUUUAAAGUUCAAUAAAUUAUCUGUGACAUAACAACUAACACAACCUAACCUACUUGAAAUGUUAUAAACACAAUUUCAAAAAGAUAAAAUAACUACGCGACCAUUAUUAUAACUUUAAUAAAUACCUUAAAAUUACUUACACUCAGAAAUUAACUCUUAUGAUAUCCGUCAUGAUUUAACCAUAUUUUAUCAUUUCUAUUUAUGGAUUUAAAUAUUUAUGAAACCUAUUGUUUUUCUUCAAAUGAGAUUAAUAAUAUUUAAUCCUUUUAAAUAGAUUUUUUAAUAGAUAACGAAACAAAAUAAUUUUAUUUAAAUCAAUCCAUGUUUAAAUAUAUUAUUAUAUGUAUCUAUAAUUUUAAAUUGUUAAAGAUUAUUGAAAUUAAAAAUUAAAUAACCUCAUUUUGAUUCUAUAGCUUAGAAUAUUUGUAUCUAGAAUCACUAAAAAUUUGCACAAGAAGCUGUGAACAUUGAAGUUAAACACCGGAUGGGGUUAUUUAAAUGUACAAUUCCUUGUCCAGAAAAAUUUGGUCAGUAGGAAAAUAUAUUAGAUAAUGUAAAAAUAUUUGAUUAAAAAAUGUUCAAUGUAUGAAUAAAUCAAUUUUAUGAACUUGUAAUAAGUGAUGAUUUUAAAAUUGUAUAAGCCACAAUUGAGAAGAGAAAUAUAUGUCCUAUUUAGGAACUAAAAUUGAUAAAUCCACUCUUUGUUUUUAGCCUGGUUGGUCUUUUGGCUUUUAUUUCUCUCUAACUUUGUAGGCAUUAUUUCUUUACUGUAUAUGAGUGUAUAUUUGUCUGCUUAGUUUAAUUUGUGGUGGUUCUGCAGAAGUAAGCCUUUUAGCCAAAGGGUUAAUUACUCUAGGUCAGAGGUUUCCAAAGUGGUCUACAUCGAUCCCCCAGGGGUUGACGACAACUUGCAAAGUGUCGAUGUCAGCGGGAAAAAAAAUCAAUAUCAGAUAAGCAGGGGGUCUACCCAAAACCGAAAAAACAUGGCAAGUGGUCUACGAGACAAAAAAGUCUGGGGACCUCUGCUCUAGGUUGUGUACAGUUAGGCUGAAGCCAAACUAAAAAAUAAAUUUUUAAUCUUACAACCUUCAUCAUCAUCCUUAAUGCUGAAAAAUUCUCUUUAUAUUAAUUUCCUUUUUUUUUUUAAAAUUCUCUGACAAGUUGCUAGUUAAGUUCAGAUUACUACUGUCUAAGUUUCUUUGUUGUUUUUUGUGUGCUUUUUUAUAGAUGAAGAAGACUUUCAGCCUGCACAAGUUGGAUUAGUUUUGUUGCGUCUCACUGAAAGCCUUGUAGACAUUGUGCUUCUUUUUCCCUCACAUUUUUGAGAAUGAGACGGAAAGGCUUAGUUUUUAAAUUUUUCUUUCAGUAACAAUAUGGGCAAUGAGUCCCUGGCCCAUCACAUUGAGGUGAUGUCUGAGAUGAUUAGGAGAGAUAAGAACAAGCCUUCGGUCAUCAUGUGGUCAGUGGCUAAUGAGCCGGAUACCACUAGACUGGCUGCUGUUCCAUACUUCAAGUAAGGAAAGGGAAUUAACUUCAGUCUUAUUAAUAAAUGGAGCAUAGUGGCACAAGUGCCACCAGGGGUGGGGUAGGACUGAGGCAGCGAGAGACUAUUGUCUUGGGGGGUGGGGGAUUAUCCCUAAAUUUAAAUACAGGGCAUAAGAAAACACCUGUGUAUUUAUUUCACAGUUGCAAAAGCCCAGUAACUUGUAAAAUGGUCCCUAGGGGGCGCUUCAUCGCUUUCAUUAUUUUAGAAAUGCAAGAAUUAUGGGGAUAUAAUUUGUAAUCUGCAAUUAAAAAUGUACUUUUGUUAAUUUUAGGUGUGUUAUUAGCUAAAAAAAUUAUAGUUUAACAAGAUUCACUUUCAAUACAUCAUAAACCUUGUUAAACCAUUCAUAGAAUAUAAAUAGCUGUACAAAUAUUUCACCACAACACAGAUAGCUUCUUGACAACCCAUACACUGUGUGUUACCAAUAUUUUAAGUGCUUAAAGUUUAAACCAUAUGCAUAAGUUCACAGAAAACAGAAUUUGCUGUAGAUCGUUUCAUGUGUAUGUGAAACUAAAAGUACAACAUAUCCCUAGCAGAACUCACCAGCAAACUGUAAACUUACCAAGCCUCAUCAUCCUGAACAUAAGUGUACAAUGCUGACCCUUCUGCUAAAUGAAAAUAAGACCAUUUAGAGAUGUUUGCUUUCAUUUGGUUUUUUACAUUUAUUUUUUGAUAUGCUUAUUACACAUGAAAGUGUCAUGUCUGAGAAGCAAAGUACCCACACUGUAACUGGUUUAGAAGCAAAGUACCCACACUGUAACUGGUUUAGAAGCAAAGUACCCACACUGUAACUGGUUUAGAAGCAAAGUACCCACACUGUAACUGGUUUAGAAGCAAAGUACCCACAAUUUGACUGGUUUAGAAGCAAAGUACCCACACUGUAACUGAACUCAGUGGGAUGGCUGCUAUAAAUAAAAGGUACACCCUAAUUGCACCACAAAUAGUUCUCGACUCAUGCAUGGAUUCUGGAAAAAUAUCAAUUCAAAUAGCAUGAGCCCAGCUGAAAAAGUCCCUGUUUUUUUUAUUGUAGUGUCUUGAUAAUUUGAUAUGUUGAUUUUCAGAGCUGUCCUGCAGCAUACAAAGGACACAGAUCCAGCCCAUAGACCAGUGACCUUUGUCUGUGACCAGUCUUAUGCAAAUGAUCGAGUGGUCAGUCUUACUCUUAACCUUACUUGAAAUUUAUGUAGUAUUUUCUUUGAUAGCUCAGCUUAUAUGAGCGCGAUGAAUUCUUUGCUACUCUUUCAGUCGACAUUAUUAUUUUUAGAUUUUGAAAAGUGUUCAUUAAAGCCAAAAAUUUGGAAUAAAAUUGUACAGAGUCAUAUUUAUGUAAUGUUAACAGAUGGUGCGCUAGGUUGUUUCCUAAACAUUUAAAUUAGGUGGCCCUUUAGACAAGUUUCAAAAGAGCACGGGGAGUGGCGCCUGAUUUAUUAAUUAUAUUUUCUAUAUAGCUGACAAUAUAUAUUCUUGUUGUGUGGACCGGUAAUGUAAGCCUUGCAGAGUGGUGGCGGUCCACGGACCACCAUUUUUGGAAUGCUGUGCUAGAUUACAUUUAUACUAAGUACUACAAUAAAAGCAUAAUAUAUUUUGUUAUAUCAUUAGACCUGAAAAAACUUUAAAAUAUUGUUUUGUAUGCGCUGUUCAAACUUUACUUCCUACUUUAUAAAAAUAUCAUUAGAAGAAAGGGAACAAAUAUGUUGAACAGUGCGUGGAACUAAUUGGAAUAGUUUUUGGUUGCUCUUUUCAGAUCCCUUAUGUCGAUGUCGUGUGCCUGAACCGUUAUUUCGGAUGGUACCAGGACACGGGGCACCUAGAAGUGAUUCAGCUUCAGAUGCACUCAUGGUUUGCUGGCUUCAGGAACCGCACCAAGAAGCCCAUAAUUGUGACGGAAUACGGGGCAGAUACGGUUGCUGGACUACACAGGGUACUUGUCAUGCUAUUCUCUUCAAUGGAGAAUAUUUAGGAGAGGUCAUCAAUACUGUUGUAAUGGCUUGCAAUACCUUAAAUUAUUUGAUAGACUUUUCACAAGUCUAAUAAUAAAAUAAGAAUAUAUAUAAAAAAAAUUAUUUUUUUUUAAAUAAAUAAAUACAAGUGACAAAGUAGAAAAAAACUGAAUGGCAUUUGAUGCAUUGUUAUUUAUGGUCAGUGCACGUAUUCAGUGCAAAGAAAUAGAUGCAAUGAAUGCUUUAUUUUAUCAAAAUAGAAAAAUAAAGGCAAGACUCAUUUUUAAAGCAUUUCUUACAAACUUUGCAGACUCAUGGGUGGCAGUCUAUUCUUAACGUUAGGUAAUAAUCAUAUCUCCCACUGGCUUUUUCUCUCCCUAAAGGAACCAUCUUUUGUGUUCACGGAAGAGUACCAGGUGGAGUUUCUCCAAGAGUACCACCAAGAGUUCGACAGGGCUAAACAAGAGUUUCUUGUAGGAGAAAUGGUCUGGAACUUUGCUGACUUCAUGACACCUGAUGGUAAGGCAAUAAUCAUUAGCUUGAGAAGCACUGGCAGAUGUGAGGAGUCUCUUAAUGCCAAGCACUUAAUUCCAUGUCCUGUUUUUGUUAUUCAAUUACAAGUUGUUGUUUUUUUAAGUGUUUUUUUUUAGUUGUAUUUUUUAAAGAUUAUCCAAUGGGUUUCUUUGGUUAUUCUUCAAAAAAAAAAUAUAUAUAUAUACAUGUAUAUAUAUUAAACAAUUAUUAUUUUAAUAAAAGCAACAUAUUGUUGUUAUCUAAAGAAAGAAAGUAAUAGAGAUAAAUCAUUUAUUUCUUUAACCAUAUCAAGAGAUAACAUACUUGUUCAUGUUCAGCCAGUGAUAUCACGUAUCGACACCUUGAGAUAAAACACAAUAUAAAAAAAAUACCUGUACCAACCAAGUCCCACCCGCCAGGUCCCACCCACUGAGUCCCACCCCCCAAGUUCCACCCACCACACCAACUCCCACCCACCUGUGCAAGCUGUUUUGUUGUUUCUAAUCAGUCAAGAAAAUCUUUUACCCCGCGCCCCACUUGAAUCGUUACAGGCAUAACCAGGGUUUUAGGCAACAAAAAAGGUCUGUUGACACGGCAGCGACAACCAAAGAGAGCGGCGUUUAUCAUACGGGAUCGCUACAACGCGUUCGCCAACGGAUCACCAGCAUCCUGUGGUUGCAGCAGCCCUGCAACUAAGUUGAGCUCCAAGCCUCAUGAGUAUCAGUGGACAGAUCAAACUAUCAUUGGGAAAUAAAAUUUGAGAAAAUGUCAAUCUAUGAACUGGGGAAUGUAUAUUGGGGUUUCGUUUUGUUUUUUAAUAGGGGAAAAAUUUUAGUUCAUAAAAGUUUCAUUACCUUGAUUUUAAGUUUUAAAAAUGCAAUUGAUAGAGAAACACAAUAAAUUAAAAAAAAAUUCAUAUUACAACUUGACUUUUAAGAAUUUUUUAGUUUAAACUUUGUGUUAAAGUAACUGCAUUUUUGUGUUAAAGUAACUAAAUUUAGUGGUAAAGGCAUACAAAUUUAGUGGUUAAGUAACUAAAUUUAUUGGUAGGGUAAUUAAGUUUAGUAGUAAAGUAACUGAAUAUAGCGGUAAGGUAACUAAAUUAAGUGGUGAAGUAACUAAAUUUAGCAUUGUUUGAAUUUCUCAGCUCUUUCUUUUUAUGGUUUAAUUGAGCUUAAAUACUUAAUAUGUUUUUUUUAUAUAUUUACUUAUACAACACAUAUACUGGUAGUCUUCGACAUCAUGCCCAGUGGUGGAUUCAUGUUUCUGGAAUUCUUAUGCUCAUUUAGACUAGGUCUUUCUCUAUAUUUCGGGGAAUAUAUGAAAGAUAUGAUGGCAUUGAUAAAUUGUAAAAAUGAUUUCUGAUCUUUGUUGUUCACCUACCCCCUUUUUGUUUAUUUCUUGAUUUUUUAUCUAUUUGUGCUGAGUCAUUAAUUGAUUUGGAAUAAAGAAGGCAAUGACAUAACAAAGUGUGGUGGAGUGGCGGGGCUGUGCCCCUGGUGCAUAAUUUUCAAGCAUUAAAAGUCAAGAGAUUUUUUUUGAAAAAGCAGUGAAGGAGAAUUUUUAAUAAAUGUAGUUUACUUAAAAUGCAUCAGUAUUUUCUUGUAAUUCUUUACUUGCGCAUGGAGUAAGGGCUGCUAUACUGGACUGAUUCUAAGUACUUGGUCAGUCUUAACAGUCCAUACAUUUAUAUAUUUAUAUAUAUUUAUAUAUAUAUAUAUAUAUAUAUAUAUAUAUAUAUAUAUAUAUAUAUAGUAUAUAUUGGGAAAGAGGGGGUGAUAUUAUUUGUCUUUUCUACAUACAUUUAUAUAUUUAUAUAUAUUUAUAUAUAUAUAUAUAUAUAUAUAUAUAUAUAUAUAUAUAUAUAUAUAGUAUAUGGUGGGAAAGAGGGGGUGACAUUAUUUGUCUUGUCUUGGGUGCUGGCAACCCACAUAAUGCCACUGAAAGAAUGUCCUAUAUUUUUUUACAUUUUACCAUUAGAAAUUCCCCUCCCCCCCUCCAACCAGAAGUGUAUUCAAGAUAAACACAAACCCAUAAACCAAUGCAAUUACUCCACUGGUCAUGUGUGUUGGUCACCUUGUUUCAGAUUUUGAUAACGAUGUAACCCUUUUGAAUGCUGCUGUUUUGCAGUAAAUGUAACAUAUUAAAAAUAUUUGUAUUACGAAGUCAUGACAAUAUAUUCUAUGUACAUUUUAUAUACCUAUAUUAAUAUUAUCUUUAACUAAACACAUGACAUGUUUUUUUCUUACAAUUUCGAUUCUUGUAUUUUAAAUGUUUCUCAAGCAUUCCAAAGCCAUGAAGUAAAAUCUAUGCAACGGUGACUUUAUUGAACCCUAGCAUUUACUGGACAUUAAUUUAUGUCUUUCAGAUAUACACUGAGGGACAUAACCUAUAAUUUUGAUACUUACUGUGGGUCCUGCAUUUUUCACCUUAAAAUACUUAACAAUUUUUCACAUUUUGUAACUUUUGUAACAACUAUUUUCAAAUAAUGUAACUUGUGUUACAACUUUUUUCAAAUUUUCUAACUUGUGUUUGUACUUGCACCCAAAUGAUGCCACCCUCCAGUGUCCACCAGUCUGGACCCCACCUCAGGUGUCCACCAGUCAGGACCCCACCUCCAGUGUCCACCAGUCUGGAUCCCUCAUCUCUCAUCAUUAGUGAUCUGCACCAUUCACUUGUGCAAAGUUUCCAUUGACACUAUUAGCAAUCCAUACUAUCCAGUGUUUCAAAAUAAAUAUCUAUGCAAUUCCUUACUUGGGCAUCCUCUUGUGUCCCUGAGCAUUGGCCAAAAGAUGAUAACCGAGUUUUGUAGUGGGUGACAUCCUAUCUGUUGUAAUCUAUAACAUCCUAUUUGUUUUAAUCUAUGACAUCCUAUGUGUUGUAAUCUAUGACAUCAUAUGUGUUUUAAUCUAUGACAUCCUAUGUGUUGUAAUCUAUGACAUCCUAUGUGUUUUAAUCUAUGACAUCCUAUCUGUUGUAAUCUAUGACAUCCUAUUUGUUGUAAUCUAUGACAUCCUAUCUGUUGUAAUCUAUGACAUCCUAUGUGUUGUAAUCUAUGACAUCCUAUGUGUUUUAAUCUAUGACAUCCUAUGUGUUGUAAUCUAUGACAUUCUAUGUGUUGUAAUCUAUGACAUCCUGUGUGUUUCAAUCUAUGACAUCCUAUGCAUUGUAAUCUAAUGACAUCCUAUUUGUUGUAAUCUAUGACAUCCUAUGUGUUGUAAUCUAUGACAUCCUAUGCGUUGUAAUCUAUGCCAUCCUAUGUGUACUAGUGAGUAUGAUUUGUAUCCCCUUAGUGUUGUUGUGGGUGCCUCCCCACUGAGCUGUAGUGAGCACAAUUUUUGCACGUCUUCCAUCAGUGAAUUCCAACAUGUAGGCCUAAACAGUAUUGACAGGGGGGGAUCACUGCCAUUUACAUCACGUUUUUGUUAUUACUAUCAGGGAAUCGAGUAUCAUUAUUUACAUUAAUGACCAGUGCCUAAGAUAUUUAAUUGCUAAAGGAUGGUGUCUGGAAGUGCAACCGCCAAACUGAUGUGAACGUUUGAGAAAUGUUGCAGAUUGUAAGAGGCCACUGGCCUGGAACGAGCCAAUUGUGUCAUAUACUAAGAUAUGUGUAUUGAACUUAUCUUAAGAUAGUGUAUCAUUGCAUAAUAGUGGUGGGUGUAUUGAAAUCAUCUUAAGAUGGUAUAUUAUUGCAUAUUACUACAGCGUGGCCGAGCGGUCUGAAACAGUCAAUCUUACACUUGUUGACUGGCGUUCAAUGCAAAGCGAAAAGCACCUAGACAAGCAAAAAUAUCACCAGCAGCCCGGGUAGAUGGGACUUGUUAUCCCUGGAUGGCAACUGAUCUAAGAGAGGGCAAACUCUGAAUUAUUAUUCAAACCCGGGCGUGGGGUCCCGUAGGCGGUGUGGCUUUGAUACUAAGGAAAUUCCGACAACUGCUGCGAUUCUACUGGUGUCAAGCUGUAUCAUCCACACAUGAUGUUGCCUUGGUUUAUCCAGGUUCGUGGAGAGAUGUGAUUGGCUGUCUUGUCUAGGGUGAAGAAUCCCGGCAAAGUCUAUAACAUCAUCAUUAUUGUGACGGAAGUGUG